AUGUGCCGCCUUGCUGCAAAGCGGGUGAUGACAGGGUUGGCACUCCUUUUUCUGUCCCAGCGGAGGAGCUGCAAGGAGCUGCGGCUUCCGCCUCUGGAUCCCGAGCAGCGCAAGCAGGCGGGUGCGGCGCCCCGGACAACACCAGGUGAGACGCCUGCCCGGCAGGCGAAGAAGCUGGCGGAGAAGUAUCCGGAGAUCAAGUGCGAGAGCUAUGGCUUCGGCGAGGAACGAGCUUCGACCGCAAGACGUAGGCUGCAUCUCUUCAAGUCCUCUGCAGCUCUGAAAACCGGCCUGGCAAAGGAAGGUUCGCGGGAAGUGCCGCGAACAGAGUCUGCUUCGGAUCAGUCAACAGCCGUUUCAGGAGCAACUUCACCCGACUCUGCAGAAGACGCUUCCGGCGGUGUCUUUGAGGACGUCGCGGCACUGCCAUCGAACCUCUACCAGGUCAGGAACACUUUCAUCCACAUUGAGGAGCAGGGCGUGGCAGAUCAGCGCAACAUCCAGUCCAUGCCUCACGGCAUGUUUCGGCAGCGCCUACAAGAAGAGGCCACGCAAAGUGCGCCAGGCCGUGCUACAGGCCCGGUUCCGGAGUCAACUUCGGUGACACCUUCCAUUCCGGAGGUUCCAGAGGUCACGAAGGACUUCGCUCCCGGGACAGAGGUGGUCAUCGAAGGAUUGCAGAAGUUUCCGGCUUUCAACGGGCUUCGCGGCACAGUUCAGCUGCUGGACAAGACCACAGGUCGCUACAAUGUGCAGCUCUCUUCUGCCGAUGGGCCCCUCGAGCAGAUCGCGAAGAUCAGGGGUGACAACCUUCGAAUGUUGGUGCCGCCGCCUCCACCAUUCGAGUCCAGCGUCACGGUCAAGGUGGAGACGCCGUCAGCAAUGCAUGCGAGGGCGCCCGACUUCGUGCCGAUGCGGCAGAUGGGCUUGACAAACAUUCCGCCCAACUGGCAGGAUCCCCAUGCGGUGCCUCCUUUGUACACAGGAGAUCCUCACUGCCAGUACGACCCGUAUGUGCACCCAGCACAUGUGUAUCCUCCGCCGGUUCCUCCUCCUGUGAAGUACGCAGCUCGCUGA